AUCCGGCUGUCUUCAAUGCCAGUUGCCAUUACGACAUGCUGAAAGGAGCACGGUGAUUCCAUCGUCUCAUUUUAGAUUUCCUUUCAGCGAUCCAGCUACAAUGUCUGAACCAAUGCCGCCUAGGGGUCGUCCGGCUCAUACACCGGGAACCACGGUCCUGACAUACACCCCCAACGGCCGAUACAUCAUCACCGGCGGCUCGAAUUCCGCGAUACGAAUCUACACCGUUGGACAGGAUGGUGAGCCGAAGACUGUGGAGGAGGGCGCGGAUGGACAUCUUGGAAUUGGCGCUACAAACGAAUACUUCUUCAUGGGCGCCGAGGACGGCACGGUCUGGCAGUAUGAGGUACAAUCCGGACGCAUGGAGAAAUUACUUGUGCGCUGCGCAUUGCCCGUGCGGGAUAUUGGCGUUACCAAAGACAUGGAGUGGGUUGCUGUUGCGAGCGAUGAACUCACGGUGAAGCUGGUGAAUAUCGAAGACAUGACCAAGGUCAAAUACCUGCGCGAGCAGGCCAAGGGCGCGAAACACAUUUCAUUCGAUCCGAACGGGCGAUUCGUGGCUGUAUCGUGCACGGAUGGUGUUGUUUACCUCUACUCCAUGGAUACCGAAGAGCCGGAACUGGUACGGAAGCUUGAUGGCGUCAUUCGACGACUCGAGCCAGAAGACGAGGCGACUGCGCGCGUGGUGUGGCAUCCUGAUGGGACGGCAUUUGCGGCUGCCGAGGCGACAAGAGAUAUAGCCUUGUUCUCGGUGGGAGAAUGGAAGAAGGAGAUGACGUUCUCUGGCGGACAUAACGGGGACAUCACAGCCAUCGCCUGGUCUCCAAAUGGCGCGCUUCUUGUGACAGCUGCCAAGGACGGGGAGGUUCUGCUUUGGGACAGCAAGACGCAGAAGGUCCUUCGGCGAUACGACUUCCCGAAUGUGAUCAAUGUGGACUGGCAUCCGACCAAGAACGCGCUGUCGCUGACGACUUCGGAUGGUGAGCUCUUCAUCUACGACGGGUUCGUGUCAAAGGAGCACCAGCCAUUCCUCCAGAAGCCGCUGCAGGCAGCCCCAAUCUUCCCCGGUGCUUUGACCGAAAUCUCGGACAAUGCGAGACGGCCGUUGGCAAAUCGACCGAAGGAGGCCCAACGGAGAGAGAGAUUGGGAAGUCCAGAUUCGCUAGAUGAUAUCCUCGGCUUUGACCAGGACAUGGACGACUUUGUUGACGACGAUGAUGGGGCAGGCUACACGGAAGGGUUGAUUAACGGGCACGGAAAGCGCACGAAUGAGCACCUGGACGAGAUUGACGGACACGCUGAUAAGCGCAUGUUGACCUCGUUUGCAAGGCCCAAGGUCCAUCCGCCGCUGCAGCCGGGUAGCACGCCGUGGAGGGGGAACCGCCGGUAUCUUUGCUUGAACUUGACUGGUGCAGUCUGGACUGUUGACCAGGAGACUCACAACACAGUAACAGUAGAGUUCUAUGAUAGAGAGCUCCACCGCGACUUUCACUUUACAGACCCAUAUCUGUACGAUCGGGCGUGCCUGAACGAACAUGGUGCGUUAUUCUCCAACAAUCCGAGUGAUGGCCCUGCAACGAUAUUUUACCGUCCACACGAAACAUGGACCACGCGAGCGGACUGGAGAACGAACCUUCCCGAGGGAGAAUAUAUCAGAGCGCUGGCGCUAAGUGAAUCAUACAUUGUCGCGGUUACGACAAAAGACUAUGUGAGAGUGUACACGCUAUACGGAACACCAUUCAAGGUAUACAGACAGAAGAGUCCCGCCGUGACCUGCGCCGCCUGGCGAGACUAUAUCAUGACGAUCGGGAACGGUCCACUGGGAAGCGACGGCCGGACAGCAACGCUGCGCUACUCAGUUGAGAACGUCAAACGUGAUGAGAUCUGCCAGAACGAGGAUGUCGUCGCCAUCCCGGAGGGGUCAGAGCUGAAGAGCGUCUUCUUUUCCGAUACAGGAGACCCAUGCAUCUACGACUCGGAAGGCGUGCUACUGGUCCUCCAGCACUGGCGCACACCGGGACAGGCGCGCUGGGUGCCUCUCCUCGACACAAAGCAGCUGGAGCGUCUAGCAAGCGGACGGAAAGAGGAAUCAUACUGGCCUGUUGCAGUCGCGCAAGACAAGUUCCACUGCAUAAUCUUGAAGGGGGGAGAUCAAUACCCCUACUUCCCGCGACCGAUGCUCAGUGAGUUCGGGUUCCGAAUACCCAUCUCCGACAAGCCCGGCAAGACACAGGAAGACGAUGAGGAGGGCGCCUCGCGGACCGACAAUUUGCGCCUAGAAGAAAGCUUCGUCCGGGGCAAUGUCCUGCUCUCGCUCUUCAGAGAUCUAGUCUCAUCUACACAUGCGACGGCAACGCAACGCGCGGAGUUGUUGCGGAAGGAGCUGGAACUCGACAAGGUCCUCCUGCAGCUCUUGGCUAUAGAGUGUCGCGAGGGCGAAGACCGCGGUAUGAAGGCGCUGGAGCUGGUCCAUAUGAUGAAAGACCGCAAUGGCAAGAUGGUCGAGGCGGCUGUCAAGGUUGCACAACGGUAUGGCCGUGGUGUGUUGGAGGAUAAGAUUCGCGAUCUAGCUGAGCGAAGGUAUACGGGGGAGGACGAUGAUGAUGAAUUAGCUUGAUGACUGUAUGACCAUUAAUAGUUUUGAAUACUGACACUGAUAAUUGAUACCAUUCCUGUUUGAUCUCUAUAUGUAUAUCUACACCGUUUCGAAGAGUACGGUGGAUAGUUCUAGUAUUAGCAGAUCUUAUCUCCGACAAAUCUGACUGGUCAGCGCUAG